AUGGCGGAUGAGCCUACUGUCUUCCUCCGGGCUAUUUGUUUGAAGGCGUAUUGUAUCCAGGGUCCCUCCUAUCUCGAUAUUACUGGAUAUGUGGAAUUUGGUCUCGCCUCCGCGACUCAAAAUAUCAUCUUCCGCUGUUCUGAGGCCCUUGGUAUCGCAGUCGAGCUGGCUUCUGAUGCCUCGUUGGAACUCACGGCUGAAGCUCUUGUGAGUUUGGAAACUCGCCUUGAAACCAAGUUUCCCAAUCACCGACGCCCUCUCCCGCGUUGCCCAGAUCCCCCUUGCGUUGAAUCGUCAAUGUUGCACGUCAACAAUAUUGCCAGUUGCUUGAACAUACCGGGAGCCAAAGUCGAGCCCUGGGGUUGCUAUCAAGAAUGUAUGACAGCGGCGGUCUACGGAAAAUUAGGCUAUAAGCUAGACGUGGAGUUGCUAAAUGACAAGAACUUUGAGCAAAUGGCCUCUCACUCUGCGAAGUUGAGCUUGUGGUACACACAUGGUCUUCCUGCGAUCCGCUCUGCGACAAGAUACACCAUCGAGCAGUCAUUCUGA